AUUUCUCUCUCUCUCUCUCUCUCUCUCUCUGUGUCUCUCUCUCUCUCUCUCUCUCUUAUAAAUAAGGAGCAUUAUACACAGCUUGGAGAUUACAAAUAGUGGACCUGGUCUUAAGGGAUAAACUGAAGGGAUAAAGCUCUCCCUGAGACGUUCACAUUCAGAGCCAGCAGGCCUGAGCCAUCACGACCCUGAGGACCCACAGCACUUCCACGAAGAAGGGAACAGCUAUCCAUUAAAACCUCCAUCAAUCAGGACCAAACAUGGACAUGGAACAAAUAUACGAGUAUAUAGGUAAGGAGAACGUGACAACAUAUGCUGUUGGUGCAUUCUUGCUGUUGUGGGCUUUGGUAUGGCUUUACCGGGACAGUCUGGAAAUCGACAAAAUCAGUGAGAAGUAUGUGUUUGUCACCGGCUGUGACUCCGGCUUUGGGAACCUGCUGUGUAGACGGCUGGACAAGCGUGGUUUCCGUGUACUGGCUGGUUGUCUAACAGAAAAGGGUGCGGAUGACCUGAAGAGGGUGACGGGCCCCAAUCUGAAGACGUGUAUUCUGGAUGUGACCAGCACUGCCAGCAUUCAGAAAGCAUUUGAAUGGACACAGAAGGAAGUUGGAGAUAAAGGACUGUGGGGGAUUGUAAACAAUGCAGGCCGCGCUCUACCCAUGGGUCCAUCUGAGUGGAUGCGGAUCGAGGACUUCCACAGCACUCUGAAGGUCAACAUGAAUGGUGUGAUUGAGAUGACCAUGAAAUUCCUGCCACUGAUCAAAAAAGCCCGCGGCCGCAUCGUCAAUGUGGCUUCAGUGCUGGGCAGGGUGGCGGCAAAUGGGGGUGGCUACUGCGUCUCCAAGUUUGCAGUGGAAUCCUUCUCCGAUUGCCUCAGGAGGGACAUUCAUUAUUUUGGGAUCAAAGUGUGCAUAAUUGAACCUGGAUUCUUCAAGACACAGGUGACCAGCCUGGAACCAAUCGAAAGAGAACUUUGUCGCCUGUGGAACCAGCUGACACCUGAGGUGAAAGAGAGUUAUGGAGACAAAUACCUGGAUAACUACAUCAAGAUCCAGAGGUUGAUUAUGAAUGCUAUUUGCGACCCAGAUUUGAGCAAAGUGACCAACUGCAUGGAGCACGCCCUGACAGCUGCUCACCCGCGGACUCGCUACAGUGCUGGCUGGGAUGCCAAACUGCUCUGGAUCCCCAUCUCUUAUCUGCCUGCUUGUGUUGUUGACAUUGCCUUAAAACUGGUGUUGCCUCGGCCAGCUAAGAGUGUUUAAUGUUUAAGUUUGCCUUCAGAUUCACGUUGGCCUGUUUACAGUAUAGUUGAGUUUAGGCGUGUAGGCAGGCCCGACGCCUGAGCCACGUCAUGAGUGCUGCAUCUGAAAAUCACAGGGGGGCAGCACCUCCAUGUGAACUUACCCCACAUCAUGCCGAACAAUCAGAUGUUUUAAAAUCAGAUUACAAAAUGUUAGCUCUGCCCACAGCAUAGUUUAUAUUUAUAUUUAUAUAUUUAAUUUAUCUUAGCUAGCGUUGAGCUGCUAUCUCCAUUAUCUCUGCAUGCACAACAACAGAACUGGUCUUAUUCAUUUUCAAUACUCUUCUGCAAAGCUACACUGUCAUAAAGUGAAGGGGACCAAACUGGGUACUUUAAAAAGUGGUAGGAACAUGCAAGUUUUAGCUUGAUCUGGCUACUGCACAUGCACAUACCUCGGCAAUGAGGUGGAGCCUUUCCUGCUAGCACAAGUAUGUAUUCCUGCAGGCCAGACCAUCUCCAAAUAGGAGGAACAUAACUCUAAAUGGGUCAGUCUUAACUCCAGAUUGACGUAUGUUCUGUUAAAUGCUGUGUUAUUGGUCUAAAACAAAUGAAAGCAAACAGGCUAAAUGUUAACUCUCGUGGUACUAUGUGCUUUGUGAUAUUUCAUGCUUGACUUGUUAAAAACUUUUUUUUGUAAGUUUUCCAUCAUGCAGAAAUACCAUACUCUGCUAGCAGCUUAACCAGCAAGCUAAUUGGCUCUUUUUAUUGA